AUGGACGCUGUAGUAUUUUCACAGAGGCUACGAAAGCUACUAGCAGGAGAUGAAGGUAUUUUGCCGGAUGAAGUUAAGGAACUGCUUCGGAGGAUUCAGACUGAUUUUGAAGUUAUGAUAUCUUUCAUAAGGGAACGUCAACACAACCUUAUUGGUAAUUUCUGUCGUACGUAUGAAUCAAAUCCACAAAUCUGGAAAAUCAAAAAGCAACUGAUCGACUAUUCUCAUGAAUUAGAUUCGGCCAUCGACAUAAUCUUGCUCGACAUCAUGCAACACAAAAGCCAACGCAAUUCCAGGGUGUUUUCUGAUGCUCAUGAUGGCAUCAAAAUAACUUCAAACAGAAUGAAUUCAGGUGAACAGGAAUUGCCCACGUCGCCGAUGUGUGCAGAUGAAAUCGAAGAAUCUUUUCCUUUAACCUGGGGACUGGAGGGCAGGGAGGAUGAGUCUUUUCCAGAUGUGGAUGAGAUUAUGAAGAGGGAGAAGGGUUCUCAUCGUGCAGAUCAAAGUAUCAUAUCACUUUCUUUUCAAUUAAACGAUUCUUCUUCUUCCUCGUCAUAUACAGUAAAGAAGGGGAAGAUGGAGCUUUUUCAUGAGUUCGAAAGAGGUCACAUCUAUGGAAUUGAAUUAAUGAGGUGUCUCAUGCACGAAGGUGAAGAGAUUGUAUCAAAGCUACCUCAAGUCAACUAUUCUUCUCCUUCAUCAGAGAGAGGAGUGAAGGUGCAGAGGAGGAAAAGGAAGCUCAUCAACAACAAACCCCGAUUGGUGGGUCGCGAAGAAGAGACAAAGUAUUUGUUAGAUCAUUUGAUUGAGGGGGACCCUUCACUUUCCCCAAUUUUAAUCCGGGGAACAGGUGGUUGCGGGAAGACUGUACUCGCUGCUGAAGUUUACAACAGUAGUUACGUUAAGAACUAUUUUGAUUGCCGAGCUUGGAUUGUGGUGUCUUAUAACUCCAAUAUCCACAAGAUAUUGGACGACAUGUUGAAGUCUGUGAUCCCUUCUUCCUUAUUGAGUGAUGUUAUGGAUAAAGAUUUUGAGUUGAAGAGAAAUGCUCUUCGUGAUUUCCUAACAAACAAAAGAUACUUGAUUGUGCUGGACGAUGUUCCAGAUCCUGGAUCUUGGAAAGAUUUCAACCAGGCCCUUCCUGAUGAUCAUAACAGAAGUAGAGUACUAAUAACAACAACAGUAUAUGAUUAUCGUACUUAUUGGAACGCCUGUCUUGAAAUUAAGGGACCAUCAGAAGAGGACAGCCAGGAGAUAUUACUUGAUAGGGUUUGUAUCAAAGAGGGCAGACAGCUUGAGUUAGACCCUGUCAUAAAAUCAUUGACAAAAUUUUAUCAAGGGAGGCCUUCAGCCAUCUUAUGCAUUUCAGGUUUGCUGUCAGAUAUGGACAUUGAAGAUCUUUUCCCAAAGCUGUCUCUUCACUGUGAUGAAGCAGAAAAUUUAGACGUGCCAAUUUUCUAUUGGAUUCUAUCUUACUCUUACCUGAAUCUACCUUUGAACUUGAGACCCUGUUUUCUUUAUUUUGCUGUCUUCCCUGAAGGCUUUGGGAUAUACACAUGGCACUUGUAUCAGCUUUGGAUUUCUGAGGGUUUCAUUCAUGAUAACAGUGAGGCAACAGCUGAGGAGUACUUGAAACACCUAGUAGAUGCGGGAUUUGUUCAAGUAAAUAAGAGAACAUCUGGAGGUAGAAUUAAAACAUGCAACAUUAAUGGUUAUAUCCGGGAUCUUUUAAUUAGCAUGGCACGGAUGGAAAAGUUUAUCCAGGUUCAUGUUAAAGUUGAAAAUAAGCCGCCAACCAUAAUAUACAGACGGCUCUCUAUUCAUUUGGGUGACAGCAGAUUUGUUCCGCCAGAGUACUCUGCCCCAUAUCUCUCUUCUCUGUUGUGUCUUGGCUUGAAAAGUGACAAUCUGGCCGAGAUAGAUUGCAUUUACCUUUCUGAAAACUUCAAACUCCUCAGGGUAUUAGAUUUGGGAAAUCUAGUUCUUCAACAAUAUCCCACUGGAAUACAAACUUUAUUUCUUCUGAGUUAUGCAACAAUCUUCUGA